AUGGCUCCGCUGCCCCCCACUCCCCUCGCCCCUGUCGGCGCAGUGUCCUCCUCGCUGUCCACCUCUCGCUACCUCCCCGCCAAAUCCCGCGCCUCGUCCUUCACCACCCCAUCCCCAUCCACCUCCACCUGGACCCCGUCCUCCCCGGCGGCGACCCCGUCGACCGUGACCGCUUCCGGGCUGCGUUCGCUCGUCUACCACGGCUCGCUCCCGUUGCAGAUCCACGUGGCCGCCAACGAGCUGCCGAGCAAGGUCGACCCCACACUCAUAGCAGCCUAUUACGUACGCGCAUCCUCCUUCUCUACUCUGUUCCAGAGCUAAUCAAUAACCCCCUCACACAGACCCAAGCCAGUCGUAUCAGCUACCUCCCCCUCUUGCUACACGACAUCAAAGCCCAUUUCCUCGACCUUGCCCUCGACCAAGCGACAGCAGCCACCAUCAACUUGCACGAUCUCUGGUUCGAACACAACGGCGUCCCUCUCAAAUGGUGCGUGUUCCGAGCGAGCGAACCACGUCCUUACUCAUAGUGGGCCAUAUCUCUCGUGCAGGCACUGGCCGAUAGGGCUCCUAUACGACUAUCACUCCGCCUCUUCCGCCUCCUCCUCCUCCUCCUCCUCCACCUCGACACAACCUACUUCUUCCUCCCCCUCCCCCUCCCCGACCUCCAGUUCGACGCGCGCCUCUCCUCGCUCUUCCCCAACUCGCGAACUGCUCUCCGUCCCUCACCUAUCAUCUUCCUCCCCAUCGUCCAGCUCAUCAUCCAAACCCUUCAAGCCUCUCGAAUUGCCGUGGAAGCUCACCUUGCACCUCAAGGAACCCCCCAAGGAUGCGUUGUUGUUGGCUAAUGGGGUCGAAGGUUGUCGGGCGUGUUUUAUGAAUAUGGUCAAGGUCAGCCGACGAAGGGAACGAGAGCUUGUAGCUCGAGAAAGCGUGAGAUGAAAAUUGCUGAUCUAGCUUUCGAAAAACCAGGAAGCGGAUUACGUGCGAUGGGGGUCGGUCAAGCGUGUGACGAAUCUUCGUAAAGAGCAGCAGGACGGUCUGUGGGAAGGUGUCGUCAACAGUGUGUAACACAACUCGGGAAUCGGGGCUCGUUGGAUCCUACACAGGCUAAGACGGUUCUUCUCGCCCUCACAGACGACCUCGACAAAUUCUGGAGCAUCGCCUCUCGGCUCGUUCCACCCCCACCGCCGACCCCGACCCAUAACCAACCCUCUUCGUCUUUUACGACCUCCUCGAGAGCCUCCGCCCCUUCUUCAGAGACGUACAACUCUGUCAAAUCAGUACCUCUACGCCUCUACCUCCCCGACGGCGGUCCAGUUCUACAAGACCAAUGCCCGCCUUUAGGAGAAAACGGUAAGUUCGCUCGCUCUGCUCAGAUGAACGAAUCGAGUCUGACACACCUCCCUUUUCCCUCCUUGACAUUCGGGAAAAAAAAAAACAGGCCAACCUCUUCCCCUCCUUAGCCACCUGCAACAUCUCCUCCCCCUCUUAUUCCCCCCACCACCCUCGCAACUCUCCUUCGAGGCGCCCAAACCCGUUCUCGCAGAAUUGAUCGUUCAAGGGGUGAUCGUACCUUUGGAUACGGAGGUCGGUUGGCUGGGCGCUUGUUUGGCCGGCGCGGAUGGGUGGGUAGGCGGCGUCGUCAGGAUUUUGGGCUAA